AUGCGGUCAGCAGUGUGCACUCUUACCAGUGUCAUUUGCUAUCAGCAGUCAGUAAGUCAGUCAGUUAGUAAGAAGGAGCAGUUGGUUUGUAAAUCAGUCAGUCAAUUAGUAAGAAGGAUCAGUCAGUUGGAGCCUUUUGUUGCUAGUUGGUUUGGUUCACUUGCUCGUUUCAUUGGUGUCCGCGCUUCAAUUAGACGGAUAGAUGAAAUUCUCGGUCAUUUGAGCAAGAAUGCUUUUGAUAGAACAUAUACCCGUUGGGUUUGGCAUGGGGAAAACUUUGAAGGAACUCGUACAAGUGAUUCUGGGAACGAUGUUCAUGAAGGUCCUGAUGUUAAUGACAUCCCUAAUGCUAAUGAGGGUGAUAGGUUAGGAGACAUGAUACGUGCAGCUCAAGAUAAGUUCGCUGAAAAUCCUGCCACAUUUGAGGGGGUGUUAAAAGAUUCCGAAACACCCUUAUAUCCAGGUUGCAGCAAGUAUACAAGAUUAUCUAGUAUACUUAGAUUAUAUAAUGUGAAGGCAGGUCAUGGUUUAACGGAUCAAUGUUUUGAUGAAGUACUUGAAGUUUUCAAAGACAUGCUUCCUGAUGAUAAUGUCUUGGCAAGUGGUGCAUAUGAGGCUAAAAAGAUAUUGAUCCCGAUGGGCUUGCCAUACGAGAAAAUUCAUGCUUGUCCUAACGAUUGCAUACUCUAUCGAAAUGAGCGUGAAUCAUUAAAGAAUUGCCCAGUAUGCAAUGCCUCGAGAUACAAGGAGAAGGAAGGAGUGCCGGCUAAGUGGAGGUUUAUUGAUGGAAAAUACCCCGAGUUUCGUAAAGAAAAACGGAACCUACGCCUUGCACUUUCAACUGAUGGUAUGAAUCCAUUUGGUUCUCUUAAUAGCAUGCAUAGUACUUGGCCAGUGAUUUUGGUUACUUACAACCUACCACCUUCGUUGUGCAUGAAAAGAAAGUACAUGAUGCUUACAUUGUUAAUUUCCGGGCCAAAACAGCCGGGAAAUGACAUUGAUGUGUACUUGGCUCCCCUCAUUGAUGAUUUGAAGAUAUUAUGGGAAAAAGGUGUCAAUGUUUUUGAUGCGCAUCAAAAUGAGACCUUUAAUCUGAGAGCAAUGUUGUUUUGCACCAUCCAAGAUUUUCCGGCAUAUGGUAAUCUUUCUGGGUAUACUGUGAAAGGGAAAACUGCUUGUCCCAUAUGUGAGGAUCGUAUGAAGGGAAAGUGGCUAAAGAAUUCUAAGAAGAUGGUUUACUUUGAUCAUCGUCCGUUUUUGCCCUGUGAUCAUCCAUACCGCAAGCAAAAAAAGGCUUUUAAUGGGAAACAAGAAUUCAAAAAACGUCCAAGAGACUUGAGUGGGGAGGAGGUGUUUCAAAAGGUUAAGGACAUCCAAAUAACCUUUGGGAAGAAAACUAGAGCAGGUAUUUCUAAGCAGGGGUACAAGAAAUGUUCUGACUUCUGGCGCUUACCCUAUUGGAAACACUUAUUUGUCAGACAUUGUUUAGAUAUAAUGCAUAUUGAGAAGAAUGUGUGUGAUAGCUUGAUUGGCACACUGUUGAAUGUUCCUGGGAAGACAAAAGACGGUGAAAAUGCUCGAUAUGACUUGAAGGAUAUGGGGAUUAGAAGUGAACUCCACGUUGUUGAGGGAAAACCCAAGAAAUACCUUCCUCCCGCAGCCUAUACAUUGUCACGAAAAGAGAAAAAAGUGUUAUGUGAAUCCUUAGCUGGAGUGAAAGUUCCAGAGGGUUUUUCUUCAAACUUUCGCAACCUUAUUUCGAUGGAAAAUCUGAAACUUGUGGGUCUUAAGUCUCAUGAUUGCCACAUUUUGAUGCAAUAUUUGUUGCCAGUGGCUAUUCGCUCAAUUUUACCUAAAAAUGUUCGAUAUGCCAUUAUUAGAUUGUGUUCAUUCUUUAACGCAAUGUAUGCCAAAGUCAUUAAUCCUAAAGACUUAGAUAAUUGGGAAACAGAAAUUGCUAUCAUUAUUUGCCAAUUACAGAUGUAUUUUCCUCCAUCCUUUUUUGAUAUCAUGGUUCAUUUACCUAUUCACUUGGUGAGAGAGAUAAGGUAUUGUGGCCCAGUUCAUUUGAGAGCUCAAUGGUCCUUUGAAAGGAAAAUGAAAACUUAUAAGGGAUAUGUGAAGAAUGCCUAUAGACCCGAAGCUUGUAUUGCUGGAAAGAACUUCUAUGAAGAUCUUGUUGGAUCGUGUAGUCAAUAUCUAGAAAAUGCAAAGAUUAUUGGGCUUCCAAUAUCAAGACAUAGUGGUAGAUUGGAGGGAAAGGGGAUCAUAGGUCAUAAGAAACGUGACUUGUCUUAUGAAGAAUGGCACAAGGCCCACACAUAUGUUCUGUUUAACGAGGAUGAAGUUACACCAUAUAUUAACAAACACAUUGAUCACCUUAAGCAGUUCAAUCGUAAGACAAGUCAGAAAUCACUUCUUAGUCAACAUCACAAUUCAUUUAGAACUUGGUUGAAAGAUAAAGUGAUGAGAGAGCUUAAUGAUCCACUAUAUGUUGUUUCUGAUCGACUAAAGAGUUUAGCGUUAGGACCCAAUUUUAGAGCCUCUUUUUAUUCUGGGUAUGUAUAUAGUGGUUGCACAUUCUAUACUAAGGAGCAAGAUGAAGUUAGCACUAUGCAGAAUAGUGGAGUUGUUGUUGAAGCCGAAGCUAUGUAUUUUGCAAGUGCUAAAGAUAGUUCUCCUGCCCAUGGUAAAAUGUGGUAUUACGGUGUCAUUGAAAAAAUUGUUGAAUUGCAAUACAAUGAUUUUGUGAUACCAGUUUUUGGUUGCAAAUGGGUUGAUAACAACAACGGAGUUGACUAUGAAGAUAUAGGGUUUACUUUGGUUAAUAUUGACAAGCUUGGUCAUAAGGAAGAUCCUUACAUAUUGGCUAGUCAAGCAAGACAAGUGUUCUACAUGACUGAUCCAUCCGAUCAAAAAAGGUCUGCUGUUAUAAAGCCAAGGUCUCGGUUUGAAAUCGAUGAAAUUGUUGACUACCAUGAAGAUGAUGAUAUUGAAGAAGAGGAAAUCCAUUUCACUAAUGGGGCACAAGUCCAAGAUGUCAUCAACUAUUAUGGAGAUAAUUCAGUAAUAUAUAUACGUGAUGACCAUAGUGAAGGAACAUGGGUUGAUGACACUAGUAAUGAGGGUGCAUCACGGAAGCGUCGACGGAAAGAGAAAUGA